ACAAGACACAGAGACACAAUCUCUUUCUUUCUUUCUUUCUUCCCCUAUUGUUGUUGUUUCGAAAGAUAAUCUUCUGCUUUAGCGCCUUGUUCUCUGAAUUAGGUUUUGAGCUUUCCGGGCAGGCACUCUCCCCUUUGUCAAAAGCGUUCAUCUUCACCCCUUUUAACACCCCCUCCCUCCCUCCCUCCCUCCUUCUCCUUCUACUUUCGUUUUUUUCCGGUCAGCUUCUCUUUGACGGUUCUUUCUUUCUUUCUUUCUUUUCCACUUUAUUCUCUCCCCCCGUGUUUAUUCUCUCAAAGCAAUCUCCCUUUAUUAUCUUCACGCCCUCCCCCUCCCUAUUUCUCUCUCCAUCUUUCAUUCAAAUCCAAAUCCAAAUCCAAAUUCAAAUGCAAACAAUACCCACAAACUGAAAAUCCACAACCACAAACAACAUGGACAUGGACAUGGAUUUCAUACCAGUUAAAUUCACUCAACACAUAACCACCACCAAUAAAACAACAACUAAACUCAAGAAACAGAAAACCACCACCACCGACUACAACAACAACUCUCUUCCCAAGAUUAUACGGAUUUCCGUCACCGAUCCUGAAGCAACCGAUUCAGAAGAUGACGACGAUUCCCUCCAACCCACCUGCCGGAAAAGAGUCAAGAGGUACAUCAACGAAGUAUCAAUCAACCCACCUUCCAAAACCCGACGACCCACCGCCAGAAAUAGACAGCCCGUCAAAAAUCCUCUGCCGGCGGCAGGGAAUGUCAUCAAGAAAUUUCGGGGAGUUCGGCAACGGCCGUGGGGUAAAUGGGCGGCGGAGAUAAGGGAUCCGACUAAACGUGUCAGACUAUGGUUGGGUACCUACGACACUGCGGAAGAAGCUGCUAUGGUUUAUGAUAAUGCUGCUAUAAAGUUGAGAGGUCCUGAAGCAUUAACUAACUUUGUGCCGCCAAAGGAGAAGGAACAAAACAGAACCUCCUCUGUUUCAGGGGAGGCAUCGACGAUGUCAGAGGAGGAUAGGGUCAGCUUGUCGUCGCCGACUUCGGUGCUCCGGUUAAGUAACUUGGAGGCGGAGGGGCGGCGGUUGAAUAUUAUAAGUGAAGAAGAAAUUAAGAAUGAGAAGGAGGAAGAAAAAGAAAUGAGCUUGAAAACAACAGAUGAAUGUUGUUUAUGGGGGAAGGAGGAGGAUGAGGCUCUGUUCUCCGACGAUUUCUUUAAUUUGGGAUCUAAUCCAGAGUCAUCAAUGUUACUGUUUGAGGAUUCAAUGUUAAUGGACGAUGAUCAUCGUGGUGAUUACUAUCUGGGAGGAGAUCAUUUGGAUGAUACAACAACAAUGGAUAUUUGUGAUAUGGAAUCGUGGCGAGUUGAAGACUACUUUUUUGAUGAUUUCUUUACUUCUGAAGAACCUCUAAGUUUCUAGUAUUAUUAUGCAUUUUCUAUAAUUAUGUCAAAUUUUUGUCUAUGUUAAUUAGUUUAAUUAAGUCUUUGCUUUACUUUUUAGUUUGGUUUGAAGUGUCUCCGUUGAAGUUAACGGAAGUUUAAAUGUUCUAUGAGCCUGUACAAUAGAGAGUGAGAUCAUCUAC